GGGAAAACAAUCAAAGGGCUCCCCCCAUUAAUUUCAGAUCCUCCUAGGAGUAACUGCCCAUGACUGAGCAUUUGGGGAGAGGGUCCCUCACGAUUCCCUUCCUCUGCCCCUAACAGUGGGACAAACUGCUCUCUUCUCUCCUGGGGGAGGAAAUUGGCCGAGAAAGGUUUAACGUGCCAAGCCGGAAUGAAGCGGGAGAGCUCUCAUUUUAAACAGAAUUUGGGAUCCUUGGAAAGCCCUUGGGCCCUCCCACCUCUAUUGUUGGAGUGAAGAUGUAGCGAGCUGAGUCUUCUUUUGGGGGCUGAGCUGUGGUGAUACCCUCCCGGCUGGCUGCAGAGCGGAGGGGAUUCCGGCCACAGCUCAGGCUUCUGCAAAGGGGGUGCAGGAUGGGUUCCGUUUCUAACCAGCAGUUUGCAGGUGGCUGUGCGAAGACGGGCGAGGAGCCCGCGGGAGACUCCCCCAAGCCAGACGAGGAACCCCAGCCCCUCCACGGCUCCGGGAUCUGCAAAUGGUUCAACGUCAGGAUGGGCUUCGGUUUCCUCUCCAUGACCAGCAAGGAGGGCAUUGCCCUGGACGCCCCCGUGGAUGUCUUUGUGCACCAGAGCAAGCUCCACAUGGAGGGAUUCCGCAGCCUGAAAGAAGGCGAGGCAGUCGAGUUCACCUUCAAGAAGUCGUCCAAAGGCUUGGAGUCCAUCCGAGUGACUGGCCCCGGGGGCAUGUUCUGCAUUGGGAGUGAGAGGAGACCAAAGGGGAAGAACCUCCAGAAACGCAGAUCAAAAGGAGACAGAUGCUACAACUGUGGUGGGCUGGACCAUCAUGCCAAAGAAUGCAAGCUGCCGCCGCAGCCAAAGAAAUGCCACUUCUGCCAGAGUAUCACCCACAUGGUUGCCAACUGUCCCAUCAAAACACAGCAAUCGCCCAGCUCUCAGGGAAAGCCCGCCUACUUCCGGGAGGAAGAAGAAAUGCACAGCUCGUCCCUUCUUCCUGAAACCAGAGAAUGAUGGUGGGAGAUUGGGGGGUGGGAGGGGGGAGAUUUCCAUCAGGAUCAAAAGGCUUCAGCAAGGAAUUGGUCAGCAAAGGGGGAGCAGCGAGCAUUCUCUGCCGUCAUGAUGUAGGGGGGUUGGUGUAAAGCAGGGAUGGGUGGGAGGGUGGCAGCUCAAACUGUAGGAUAUAACCUGCCAGGCGAUGGCACUGGUAUCUGGACAGAGGGACUGAGAUGGUUGUAUGUGGGUUACAAAAUCCCAGCACAGAUCUCAUCCGCCACACACACUUUGAGUGAGAAGAAGCCGGUUACCCCUCUGUCCAGAUGCUCAGCUCCAAAAGCGGGAGAGAGAGCAGCCCCAUAACCCUGUACCUAACCACUUCCUCCAACCGAAAGCCAUGUGCCGCUCUAGUUUCUUUCCCUGUGUUUGGUGAUUUUUGUGUUGUGUUGUUUUUUUUUUUUUUUUUUUAAACCAACCUUCCCAAUAGUGUUUGUGAACCCCUGGGUCAUUUUGGGUGGAGCAGGACAGGUGUCUCCAUCCUAGCAGGAGAAUAGAGACCGGUUGUCAACGGCAAUCUAGAAACUUGUGAGCAAAUUUGUUCUCGCUAGACACAGACGAGCCAAAUGGAUGUCGCCCAGGAUUGCUGCUUGCCCUCGCAUUUUUGAGACCUGCAGGGGAAUAGUGGAGCAGCACACUCCCUGCAGGGGAAUGGUGGAACAGCAUGCCUCUCUUGAAUUAAGUGUUAGCUGCCCCUGAAAUAAUUGGGAAGAACCUCUUUAUUUAUAUAAGGCUUUCCAUACUGGACUGAGGGUUUUGUAGCAUUGCUGGGACCUGCUCCUCUCUGAAGGCCCUUAGUUUCAGAGCCAUCCAGAGUUCAUAUCUCUCUCCUUUCCCAGUUUGUGGGGGAGGGGAAGGAGUUAAUGGUAGAAGCUGGGCUUUCUAUGCCCCAAAAUUAGCAUGAAAAGAUUUUUCUAGAGGCCAAAUCCUGGGCCUGCUAAAAUGAUUUCAGUGGACUCAGACCUUGGCUCCUAGCAUUUAACUAGACUUGAGGUUUCUUUAAUAGAAGGCCAUUGUAAUGUAAUGCUGACUUUUUUAAAAAUGUCUAGCUAUAUUAGCAAGAGACAGAUCAAAGCAACACAUGGCCUAGUUGGAAGGAAACCAUGGCGACAUCAAAACUGUAACAAAUGGGGUAGACACAAAAUUUGGGGGAGGAGUUCUUCCAGCCCUGCCAGAAUCCGCUGUCCUGGUCUGCCACUCGCUGUCAGCAUGCAUGCUGGCACACGAGCAGUGGCGUUGCCUCUGGAAUGGAAGCAUGUGUCUUGGUAUAGAUCAUGGUGGGUCCUCAUUGCCCAGGGGCUGCAGUGCAGGGUCUGACAGAGGAAGAAGCCAUAUUUCCACCCCCCGCUGCUUUUAAAGCUGUCACAGUUGAGAGCACCUACAGUGGAAUAUAUUUCAUGUAGCCAUGUGCCUAUAGGGGCUGAUCUAGAGCACAAUGAAAUCAGUGGGAGUCUUCCCAUGGACUUCAAUGGACUUUGGCUCAUACCUAUAUUGUAUACAAUUUGCUUCUGUUCGUCUGUUUAUUAGGGCCUAAUCCUCCAGUCCAUAGGAAUCUGUAAUGCCCUUGUUUGAGCAUAAGGGCUGCAGGCUUGGUCCUUUCCUUUCCUGUAGGAACAGGGUGCUUUCUGUCAGUUAGAAGCUGCUGCCUUCUCUCCCCACUUUGUCUUCCCCAACCCCUCUAUUCUGCCUUUAUUUAUUUGUUCCUGCGGACAGCUGCCCUUGCAAUGCAAGGCCCCUCCCUCCACCCCCCACCCCAUCCAUGCUGAAGCUGACGUGGUGUGAAACCUGCACUAGGACGUGCGCGUAUGACGUAUCUUUGGGUUUGUUUGUCGUUUGUUUUUUUAAAAUAUAAAUAUUCUGUUUUUUUGUAUUUUUGUAUAUUUUAAUCUUAAAGAGAGAGAGAGAGAGAGAGAGGACAUAACUACUGCAACUUAUUCUCAGGUAUUUGAGCAAUCUCAGGGAUGAAUAGCCUCUGCAGCUCCAGUGCUGGACGGAGUGGAAUUUUGUUUUCUUUGUUUGUUUGUUUUUUUAACAGCACAAAGACAGAACAAAGUUUGUAUUUUAAACUGUAGGUCUACCUCACUGGAUGUUCGUCAGGUGGACUGAUUAUUUUUAAAACUGUAUUUUUAAUGGAUUCUCUUCUCCCUCUCACUGUAUUUACAUGGCAUUUGGGACUUUGUGUCUGCGGGUGGUUAAAGAGAAGUCAGUCAAUGUUGCAGAGGAGGGUACGGCCGCCUGUAUCUGUAUUUUGGACUCCAAAUUCCCUCCCAGCCUGGCCAUGUUCCCAUCUCCUCUCCCCACUCCUGUCCAUUCUCAAUUCCACUCACUGACUGGAAUCGUUCCUGUCUCCCUAGUUUUUGCCACAAUCCAAUUUUUAAUGACUACCAUCACUCAUUGUUCUGCCUCCCCAGUCUCUUUGCUGGUGACUUCCUCCUGCUGUAGACACUGGUGUGGUAUAGAUCCCCAGUUACCUAGCUCAGUGCCAGACUUCAGAUCAGAAAUGGGGGAGGCAAUGACUGAUUGGAUGUCACUCAAGCACGGGGGGGGGCAUUAAUUUGGAUUGGAGGCAUAAGGAAGCCUGCUGCCCUUGCACCUGGUUAUUCUCUUUGAGAGAGCAAGAGCCUUUCAGUGCAUAUAUUAAGGUCCUAAACGGGCUAUAACAUAAAUACCUUCUUUAAAAACUCCUUUUUCUCUGCAUGGCUGUGAAAUGUUGGCUGUGAGGUUCUCGUCUCCUUAUCCCCACCUGGAGUGUUUGCAUUUCUAGGAAACCUGCAGUGUAACCAGAAUAAAUGUUAGAAUGCUAACUCUCCACAAGAGGAGGCCUUUCUGGUCCAACUAUCUCUAUCUAGUGCUAAUGUGCUUUGACUCCAGCACCUCCUUGGGGGAUGUAACUGGAGCUGUGCCUGUAAUGUGUGCCGCAAGAGUUCCCAAAGCCAGCUCGAUCAUCCAAAUUUGUAGCAGAUUCAGGUACAAUUGCUCCCCCUUUCUCUUCCCUGCCCCCCUCCCCCGCUUCUCCCCUCUCCGUUUUUCUCAAAUGCUAGCCAAUAAUUGCUGGGUGGGACUAUGGAGUCCUGUCCUCAAGCCAGAAGCUGUGACACUCCUGUGUGCUCUGCAGCCACCGGGCCUGGCCGUACCGCCCCUCCCAGGUACAGGAUAAGGCUGACGCAGUGGUAUGUUUCAGAAUGUGUGUGCAGUUCCCACUAUAAGUUUUAGGUAGUAAUAGAAUAGAUUUAGAUCAGGGCAGGAAACGUCAAGAAAGAGAGAUCUCUAAUCUUCCAAACAGGCACCAGGGGGAGAUUAGGGGGAAUCAGAGGCACUGUUUAAGAUUUUCCCCCCUCCGAGGCUUCUCUCUGCUGCUGGGAUAUGAAUUUGGAAAACAGGAGUGCUUAAAACAGUUGGAGUGAAAUGUUUCACCUCUUAGAACUCUGGAGGCUACUAUCCAAGAGACUGAUUCAGCUCCCAUUUAAGUUGAUGGCAAAACUUCCCUUCUAUGGGAGAUGAAUCAGGGGAAUGAAAAGGGGGGGCUAAGAAGCAUUGUGUUUGUAACAGGCUGCCCUGCUAAAUCAUCGUGAAAAGUGACUAGCCUGGUCAGAAAAUGUACUUGCCUGCCUUUAACAAAUCAGAUAUUUAUUGUGGUAAUGAACAAUUAGCCUCGCAAGGCUCCUUAACACACACACACACACACACACACACUUAUAACCCUGGUACACAUGAGAACCACCUAGAUGCGAUGCCACAGUCUCCGAUGUUGCCUGUAGCUAGGCUUGGUGGGUGGAGAGAAGCUCUCAUGCUGGCUUUCUGCCCUGCUGCAGUAGUGAGUGUGGUGAAGUGGUGGUGGCCCUUUUGAGGGGGGGGGAAAGGAAGUUUGGUUUUUAAACAGCUAUGGGAUUAUACAAAUCUACCUCAGGAUAACUUCUCUGUCUGUCUGAACGGGGUAAAUGCAAUAGAAUGCAUUGGGUUGUGUGCCUCUAACCCUGGGUUCCAGUACCCCUAUGCGACCCACAGAGGGAACUGUUGACCAUCCUUUGGCACCUUAGGUGUGCCAAUGGGUAAAUGCUGCCCCUUCUAGUUUUGUAUCUGUCUUUGAAUUGUGUAGAACUUUUUCCAAGUAAUCAGUUUGGUGAUUUGCUAGGUGUCUAGUAUGUGUAAAUAUCUAUGUAAAUCUCUCCACUUUCUUUCAAUAUUCUCCUUGAUUAUUGUUUACAAACUUAAAAAAAAAAUAGCCAAAGCAUCUGAUGGGUUUUUGGACCAGGGAGAUGGGAUCCUCUCUAUAUGCUCUACCUGUGCAGGGAGGUGACUUAGAUAACCAGCCCCAUCCUGGGCUCUGGUGAGAAAGUGAAUCAUAAAGCCCUCAGGUUUUCUGCUGUCAAUAGAGCAAAUUGCCUCCCAAGAAAACAGUGAUUGAUUUGUAAGGAGAAGCCACGCUAGAGAAGAUGAAAUUUUACAAUAUUCAAUUGCAUUUUCUCCUUUUUUCUGUGGUUUGCAGUAUCCUUUGCCACGUACAUUACAAUACUGUAUGUACCUCCAUCUGCAGACUGAAGAUAUUUGUUGUGGCUUUUUCCAUUCCUUGAUGAUGAUCUUGCAGAUAAAUUGCUGCAAGAGACCUACUGUCAUCAUGCUUGUGCGUGGUGUGCAGGCAAUGGACUCUAUGCAUUAUGGGAAGCAGGCAGACUAUGCCAGGUUCUCUUUGAGUUAGGAACUGAACCCAAGUCUGCCCUGUCCACUAAUCAUCCUUCUUACGCAAGCUCUAAGUAUCAGUCCUAUCCAAAAAUAUAGGAGCAUUUGAAUGUUAGGGGGAUAAAAUAUCCUUGGGGGGAUGAUUCUCCCCUGGUGCAAAAAUUUGGAGUCAAGUGGCCACAAGAUUGUCUACUGUCAGACGGAAGAAUGUAACUCCAUGUUUACUGCUAGCAACCAAAGCUUGUUUGUGUCAAACUCUUGAAUUUUUAUGAAGCGGGAAGGGGUGGGAGGGAGGGAGUAAGAGGGUGAAUGUGUGUGAUUUUGGGGGUUGUCUGAACUGCAGGACUGUGCUUUCUGGAGAGCAGAUUUCCUGCUGAAAUGUCUGCAGUGAGAUCAAAAAAAUCUCACUGCAUUUUUUUCUCCUUUUCAUUUUUGUACCAAUCAAGGAAAAUGUUUGAUUUUUUUUUUUCCUCUGCAAAAUAAAGAAUAUUGGUAAUGGCA